AUAUGAUGGUGCAACGAGGCAGAUCAAAAAUAAUAAAGUUUACAGUUUUGUAUCUUUUAACUGAAUGAAAUGAAACGUGAUGAAAUUUUACUUUCAGUUUUAAAAUUUUAAUAACUGAUUUCGUCAACACAACUGUUUCUAUGUAUAAACUCCGUGUGAAUACGGCACUCUGAGCAUCUGCAUAAAUAUCUAAAUGGCUACCAGACGCUCAAGGCUUCAAAUUAGACCAAACCUUGGACCAAGAGUUGGAACCAAACCUCCACAAGCAGACAGUGAAAAGGCUAAAGAAAAAAGUCAAGAUACCAUCAAAAGUCCUGUUCGUUCCAUAUCCAAUACCAAAAAUCUGACAAAAGACCCAGAACCAAAUGAAAACAAAAAACCAGACAAGAAUGUUGUAGAAGUUGAGACCACACUUGAUGAAGUUAAAUGUAAAGACAAGAUAAACACUGAAGAUGAAGAGGCCGUUGGAAGUCCUAAAGGGCAGAAGCCUCAGUAUACGGCUCUGAGAGCAAAGAUCAAGGCUAAACCAAACCUUAGUCUGGCUGGAAAACCUAGAAGAACAACAGAGGACCCACAGCCAAAAUGUCCAUCAUCCCCCUUGAAGUCCCCCCGUCCAAUUAUUCCCACUCCUAGUCUCAAGUCUCCCACACCCAGGCCAAACUAUCCGUCAUGCCCUUCACCUGUAAAGCAUGUACCAAGAACUGAUAUAACAAAGUCAACAGAAGAUAAAGAAGAGAAGACAGAAAAACCAAAGCAGACAAGAAGACAUACAAAGGUGGACAUUCCAAAAGAUGCUCCUCUAGACAAGACUUCUAUGAAAAUGUCUGAUCUCAUUUUCUGGAAUCCUAAUAGAAAUUUCAUGUCGACCCAGAAUAAGCCUGAGAAAUCCACUAAAACUGCCAAUAAAAAGGACGAUGAAGAACCUGUUGUAAAUCCCUUGCUACAAGCCACAGAAGAAGAGGCAAGAGUUGAUGAGGGAGAAGAGGAACCAGGAGAGGGAGAGGAGGAGGGGGAGGAGGAGGCAAUGCCUGUCCCCCAGGUCAAGAUUGGGCCUGAUGGCAGUCUCAUCAUUAAUGAAGAGAGUUUGGUGGUAAACACUAAAAAGCCAGUGUUGGAGGAGGAUACAGAGGCUAUUGAUGAGACGGAGAACACAACAACAUAUGCAAGCUUCAGGAAGCCUCAAGUCAGACAGAUCUGGUCCAAACAAGAGACAGAAAAGUUCUACUAUGCAUUGAGUUCUAUUGGAACUGACUUUACUCUGAUGUUGAAAGUUUUUCCAAACAAGACGCGAGCAGAUUUGAAGAAAAAGUUUGUGAAGGAGGAUAGAGAGAACAGAUUAAAGAUUGAGAAAGCAUUCAGGGAAAGAAAACCAUUUGAUAUGGAAGUUUUCAAACAACUAGAUGAGUUGGUAGAGAAAGAGAAACAGGACAAACAGAAAGAAAAGCAGAAGGCAAGGAAAUCUCGUGGAAAAAAUGUGGAGUCGGUGGAUGACAAAUCUUCCACCUCCUCCACCACCUCUGUAAGAAGAAGUAAACGGAAAACUGCAGGGUCAGGAAAAUAUUUUGACUACAGCAAUGAUGAGGUGGAAGAUGAUGAGGAAGAUUUUGUGAAAGAAAAACCAACACCUGCAAAACAUCCUAAAUGGAAUAGUAAGAAAACUGGACAAGGAGCAAAGGGAGGGAACUCAGUGGCUGGGCAGUACAGUGCGCUGAAUGAAUCAGAAAUUGCCCAGGCUAUCGGGGACACUAAUGAGGUAAAUAGUGGGCAGGGUCCCUUGAUUCUUGUCUACAACAAACCUGAGGACCCUGCGGGAGAGACUGUGAUCCAUGUGUAUAGGUUACAGCCUCAGUUCUCCCACUUGGUGGAAAACAGCAAUGGGCAGCCCAUUAUUGUGGAUGGAAAUAACUUCCAGCUGAUGGAAGACAGUGGGCAGAAAUCACAGAGUAUUAUGACACUCCAGGGGAAGACCUCAGAGUCCGCCCUGAGGGGUGUUUCGGAACUUCCACCCCAGUUUUUGGCCUCAGAUACUGAUCAAGUGACAGAGGUGGACAUUUCCGAGGAUGGAGCAGCUGGUGAACCUCAACCUCAAGUAUUCAUACCUCAGAAUGUCAUGACUUUGGCCAAUGAGAUUUCUCAAUGCCCAUCUCAGGAACAGGAGAUUACUCUAUCGUCAGAGUUCAGUCAAGUUCAUCAGGAUUCCAGUGAUGAGAAGUUUGUGAGUGAACAGGUUGAGGAAGCACAAGGGUCAGUGCAGUUAGAAACGGAGGUGAACUUUCAACCUGUGACAGUGAGGGAGUUAAUGGAGACUGGAUCAUGGAACAAUGGAGCAGUGAACACAGGGAAAGUCAUCGAACAGAAAGUGUGUGUGGAACAAAUCUCUACCUAUAUCGAUGUUAAUAUCAUAAAGGAGGACACUUGAUUUGUAAAAUUAUGGUAUAAGGAUUUUGUGUCCGUUUGAUUUUUCAUCCAUGUCUUUGUUUUUAUGGAGUGAGAAUGUCCAGUAUGUUGUAAUAAUGUGGAUAUUAUUAGCUCACCUGAACGAGUGUUCUGGUGACUGUUUGUCUGUGUUCUGUUGACUUGUCCUACUUCUGAAUAUUUCUGAAAAUUGACACGGUAUCCCAUUGCACAGUAGUGCCUUACCUUAGAUUUUGCACUAUUUGGGCAAUUUUAUCAAAGGAUGACUACAGCCUGUGUAAUAUACAAUAUUCAUUUUCAAAUCAAAACUUUUUGUGGUCUUAAGGGGGCUUGAUUUUACAAAUAUUUAGGUAACAUUUUGGCUGUUGGAUUUAAAAUACAUUAAAAAUUAUUUUGUUAUAAAACACUGUAGCAAAGAUGUUGAUGUUAAAACCUGAUUAGUGUUGUGUAUUGUAGCUCAGGUGAGCAUUGUGACUGGAGGACCUUUUUUUCCCAUAAAAUGUGCAAUGAUA